UUGAAUACCCGCCCGGACUGUCAAUAACGCAGGCGCACUGAGGCCCAACAAAGGGCCGAUUAAGAACGUUUUGGAAGUGAAUCUGAUGUAUUUAUGUUUUAAAAAUGGUGAAAUCUGUAAGGUGGCGGGUAGAAAUUAGGAUAUUCGACGUAUCGAAUCAUGACCGAGGCAUCUGAAAAUGUGUGUUUGGUGCGUGUCCGCGCGCAAGUAAUGUGCCGGGACGAAGGCACGGGGGGAUGGGUAGCGCUUAGCGGCGGAGGUCUCGCCGAAGUUAUGGUGGGCAGGAGAGCCCGCCAUUACGUCACAGGUGGACCUGCGAAUAAUGGGGAUGUUGAGAGCACUUCUGCUUGCGGCACCGCACCAAGCCUUCCAUACGAGUAUUAUAUACAUGGGAAACGCAUCAGCGAUAACUCAGUGGUCUUGGAAUGCACGAUACAGAAAGACUUCCAGUACCACAAAGUGAUGCCAACUUUCCAUCAUUGGUUGACGGAAGAAAAGAGAUUCGGCCUGACUUUUCAAACCGCGGCUGAUGCCCGGGCUUUCGAUAAAGGAGUUCGAACAGCACUUGAAGAACUCUUAGACGGUCUGGGUGGCUCGUGGUCUUCUCAAUAUUCUUACAAACGUAAAUUAGUACGGAAAGAUGACGACGAAGAGAACAAUAUAUUCGAAUGUCUUAACCUACCUACGGAUUCUCGAUCAAGCUCAGAAAACUCGACAGCAAGUCGCAUUCGAGCGCGAGAUGACAUUCAAACACCAAUAUUGUCGGCCAUCACUCUGCCAAGACAUCCGCUUGAUUCUCUCAAAUACGAAAGCCAGUUUGAAGAUAAAACAGACGAGGACCCAGAUCGCUGCCCCUACGUUCACUUAUCGGCAGUUCACGAAUAUACAUAUCCUCAAGUGGGUCCCGGCGGAGUGAUCACUUCAGAGAAGGCAUCACCUCACACGAAAACUACACUUUCCAAGUGUGACUCUGGUUCGAUAAAGAAGUGCACAUAUAGCGGUCCGCCGCCACUGCCCGAGAAGAAACCGGCCGAACAGUUCCACGCGAGGUUGAAAUGCAGAUACUGUAACGAGUGGUACUUAGAAAGUGCUAACGGAUCGGGCGCUUGUGAGUUCGGUCCGGACUUCUGUCGCUCCUGUAUUGAUACUAUCACUUGUAUCAAAUGUGCACAGUGUAUGGUGUACCACUGUAUCGAGUCUGAAGGUGAAGGAGAGAUGGUCUCGCAACCCUGCGCCUGUCAGCCAACAUCAAGGGAAUGCGCCACAAGAUGGCUAGGGCUCACUUUGUUAAGCCUGGUGGUACCAUGCUUAUGGUGUUACUUACCUCUUCGAUGCGCACACAAAGCCGCGCGGCGAGCGCGUAUAGCAGGCUCGUCUCACCGACCCAUCUCCAAAUAGCACAGUCGUCAACCCCGAUAGCUGUCACUGUCAAUGGUCUGACAACACCUUUAAUAAUAUGAUAACAUACCAUACUCAUACCAGGCUGCUUGUACAGAAGACUUAAGCAGGCCUGAGUUCGAAUAAAAUUGCAUUGAAGCAGUGUUACAUUAAACAAAAUGUUGAUACGUCAUUAAAAUCGAGAAGGGUGUGUGUUAAAUCUUAUUAUAUUCAAAUCGACAGAAGCCUAGAUCAAGUCGGCGCCAAAUAACAGAGAUGUAACAGUUGUCAUCUGUCAAUUUCAUCAAAAUGACAGUCUUGUGUCAUGACAGUAUGAUUACAGUGUAUAUUAAAAUUGACAGAGGCGUAGAUCAAGUCAGCGCCAAUAAAUAGAGAUGUAAAAGAUGUCAUUCGUCAAUGUCAUCAAAAUGAUAAUCUUUUGUCAUGACAGUAUGAGUAGAGUGAUUGCGUGAAAAUUAAUACCAUUUGUGUGAUGUUAAUAAUCAUAAUAUUGGCACACUCUUCCACAAAUUAUAAUAAUUAAUAAAUGUGUGGAAGCAGUGGUGAAAUGAUUGAGGAUCUGUCAAUGUCAUGUUGUUCUCGGUGUCACUGAGUAAAAAGAAAAAAGUUCUAACUCGUCAAAAUCUGACGUUUGUGUUUUGUCGUAAAGUGGACUUAGAAAGACAAAACGUGUUGAGGCAGCGGUUAUCAGUGACAAAAGUAUAUGAUUAUGAUGUACGGUUAUGUAAACACGGCAAGGUUGAUGGUACGAAAUCCAAUUGCUGUCAAAGGUAAGACAUUAAUAAUAAAAAUAAUGUAUGAUAUAAAAUUGUGAAAUUAAAUGUUGUUUGACAAUCUUGUUUCAAAUUAUUUAUGACAUAAAGAAGGCAUUGGAACUAAAUUGAUCGCAAAAACAAAUAUAACAAAAUAAUAUUCAAAUCUGUGUCAUAUAUAUUGUCUGAGUUACUAACCUAUUUUACAAAAUUACGGAACUAAAUUAUGAAUCUUCUUAAAUUUGUGUACAAUAAAAUUAAAUUUAUUUUCGUCUAUAUAAAUAUUUUUGUCUUUUGAACGUCUUAUAGUACUGAUAUUAUAAUCGAAGAUGGUGGUGAUAUGUUUAUUUUCAUUCUUAUUAUUAUAUUUAAGAUCAUAAAAAUAUAUAAAUUGUUAACGAAUAGAAGAAGGUAUAUUAAGCAAAUCAAAACUAUAUUUAAAAAUACAAAUAGAUGAAACGUACAAAUUAAUUGUAUUUAUAUAUGAUUUAAACACUAAAGAAAUAUUUUUAUCAUAAAAACAAAUAUUUUUUGAAUGUCGCAACCUAAUAAAUGUUACGAAUAUUAUACACAAACUUUUUAAAGAUGUUUACAUAGAUUGAAUUUUUUUCUUUAAUUACUAGUACUUCACAUGUAAUAGUUAUUUAUGCAACUGUUGUGUCAUAAUUGGUAUUAUAACACGAAUGUGGAUGGUGAUAAAAUGUAUCACAUGAGUGUUUUAAUAUCUAAUUAUCGAUAGCAUAAAAGACUUUAUCUACACCCAUAAUAUGAAUCAUUAAAAAAGCCAGUCCUAGUUACCAUUACAUCAUCCUAACGAGUGUUGUAAUGUUGUAUUGAAUUUCAUUACAACACUCGUUUGGAUCAUGUAAUGAUAAUUAGGACCUUGGGUCUUUAAAUGUUGGCAAUAAGCUAACUGUUUUAGAAUCAUUAAUAUAGGAUUUAAAGCAUGGGUGUAGAUAAAAAAUAUUAUAUGGCAACUAUUUGAAAAGAUAUAUUUUAUUCUAAGCUUGUCUAUUAUUGUGUCAUUAAAUUUGAUAUAUAAUUACUUUUGAGAGAUUAAAAUAAACAUAGUUUUUGAUAGUUAUCAUUCAGUAUUAGUAUUUAUCUGUAGAGCAUAAGAUCCAUUUCGCCAUGGCAUUAUUUCAAAUGUAGAUAAUUUCGGUGCUGUUUAUUUUCAUGUCUGUCUUCCACACACAAUAAACGAAAUUACACAUUGCAGUUGGGAAUUAAAGAUUUAAUAAAUGUUAUGUAAUUUAGUGUUGUGUGCUUUUCUUAGAACAGAAUUGUUGAACAGACAGGGAUGAGAUUAAGACUUUUUUUGUUUUAAAGACUAGCUUUUGGCAUUUCGACAUUAGAUUUUCCCAUUCUCUGUCUGUUCACCUACUCUGAAAGCUAAUUGUAUAAUGUUGUUACUAAAUGCUUUUUAUGUAACAAUUGAUAAUUUCCACUAGCGUUUGUUUUAUUCGCACAAAUUAUUUUUCUAACAAAUUCCUUGUUAGGAUAGUAAAAAAUAAUUUACGGAUAUGAAUUCGUUACCUAAUUACGCGUAUUCCAUCGUAUUUAAAUUUUCGUAAUGUCACUAACAAAUUAAUAUAAAUUUAAGCGGUAACAUUGUUGUUAGAAUGUUAAAUUUUAAUCAGGUCUAGUCUUGAAUUUUAACUUUUCGCAGUAUUUUAAUUUUCUCCUCAUUUUUUUUUUGUAUGAAUUGACAAUUUUUUUAUAACAGAGUUGAGGUUAGUUGGUCUAACAGUUCGCCAAGGGUACGAAAUCCAACUUUUUGCACGAGAAAGGGCUCACUUGUGGAUUGACGCGGAUUUCCUACUCGCAAAAAAAACCACAGAGAAAGUAUUCAAAAAUGAAUUCCAGGCUGUAUGGUCGCUGACCAUUGCCCGUAAAAGAAAUCGAAUAAAAUUGAACGUAUUGUGAUUCCAUAAUUGAAUUAAUGAAAAGCUAUAAGCUCAACUCUUUUCCAGACUUAAUUUUUUUUUUAAAUUCUAAUUUAAAUAACGUAAGUGUUUAAUGUAAUAUGUAUUUAUUGUUAACGCAUGUUUCAUUGUUUCGAAUCUUAACAAGUAAUUUAGAAAUAUAAAGAGACUUUUAUUUACUGUAGAUGACGUAAGUAUUCAUUGAUAAGUGUUUAGUGUCUACAUAAUAAUAUAAGUAUGUAUUUAUGUGUCAAGUAACCAAAGUUCGAAUGAAUGAACCCUUAUGGGGAUGUAUGUAUUCGUACAAAUUAAAUAAAUAAUUGUAUUUCAA